AACAGAGCAGUUCGCGCGUUUCGUAUCACGCGCAGCUUAUCGUAAAUUUAAUAUGUGUUAAAACUUCUCAGAAAUGUCUAAUGUUCCGCUAGUACGUCGCGCUAUUGUGGGUGCCUCCCUGGCCCAUGCACCAGUGGACAUACAAUUAGUUCAGGAAGAUCAGUGGACUCCAGCGGCCUUGGAGAGAGCUGGGUCUACUCUUAAGGCUCUGAACCGUAUGGCUAAAAGACCACCUGUACAUAUACAGUUCGAAGAUGUCUGCUAUACUGUCGCUUCUAAAAAAGGAGAACGCCGUAUUCUACACAGUGUUUCUGGUGAAUUUCGUUCGGGCGAACUAACGUGCAUUCUGGGACCUUCCGGCGCUGGGAAGUCCACUUUACUGAACAUCCUCGCUGGUUACACAUCAAAUGGAGUGAACGGAAGAAUUUCAGUAAAUGGGCAAGCAAGGGAUAUGAGAGUUUUCAAAAAACUCAGUAGCUAUAUCAUGCAAGACGAUCUUCUUCAACCAAGACUAACAGUUGCCGAGUCCAUGAAAAUCGCAGCGGACUUGAAAGUGGGGAAGGAGUUGUGUGAUGCUGAAAAGGAAUUAAUCGUAGAAGAAAUCCUCCAAACUAUUGGUUUGUGGCAACACAGGGAUUCAAUGUCACAGCAUCUUUCCGGAGGACAAUCUAAAAGGCUGUCAGUCGCCUUGGAGUUGGUUAAUAAUCCUCCUAUUAUGUUCUUGGAUGAACCAACAACAGGUCUAGACGUCGUAUCCAUACGUCAGCUGGUGGUACUAUUACGUCUGCUCUCUCGCCAGGGCCGAACAAUUAUCUGCACAGUACAUCAACCUUCAGCGUCUCUCUUCACUCUUUUUGAUAGAGUUUAUGUAUUGUCACGAGGACUUUGUUGCUACCAGGGUGCGUCUCCACUUCUAGUACCUUUCCUGACUGAGAUUGGCCAUAUUUGUCCUAUAACCCACAAUCCUGCCGAUUUCGUACUUGAAACUCUUGUCAGCACGACCGAAGCGCCAGCACAAAUGUCAGAAUUAUGUCAAAACGGAAAGCUCUGCCGAGACCUAGACAAAUUGACAUCUAGAGGACGCAAACCGGUUUUACAUUCAGACGAGUCAAUACAAAGGAUUUUUGUGGAGCACGUCGCCAAAGAACAGCUACUCAGAAUGGAAUUUGCGACGACGUUUUUGAGUCAGUUCUGGAUAUUGCUAAAACGAAUGAUGUUACAGACUAAACGCAAUUCCACAGCUUUAUGGAUCCAGUUAAUUCACCACGUUCUGGCAGCUGUGUUACUUGGUGGCAUCUUCUAUCAGAUCGGCAACGAUGGCACUACGCCUAUCGCAAAUUUCAAGUUCUGUAUCAGUUGCCUUGUGUUCUUCAUGUAUACUUAUGUCAUGAUACCUGUGCUCCUAUUUCCUAUGGAAAUGCGUAUGCUACGACGUGAAUACUUCAAUCGAUGGUAUAGUUUAAAAGCGUAUUAUGCAGCCCUUACCAUAUCAUCUGUACCGCUUAUGAUGAGCCUAGGCAUGCUAUUUAUAGUAAUAAGCUACGUGAUGUCUGGUCAACUUAUGGAGUUAGAACGCUUUGUGUUGUUCUCUAUCGUGGGUCUUCUGACUGGAUUCUGCUCCGAAGGUCUGGGCCUCUUGGUGGGAUCAACGUUUAGUGUAACGAACGGUUCCAUAUUGGGCCCGGCGACACUGGCGCCACUCUUAGCUCUCUGCUGCUACGGCAUGGGCUUCGGGAAAUUUAUUGAACCAUUUAUGAAAAUCCUUAUGUCAUUGUCUUACUUACGAUACGCACUUUCUGGUCUCUGCCUGGCAAUUUACAACAAGCGACCUCUAAUGGAAUGUGAUGACAUUUUCUGUGUAUACUCCGAUCCGAAGUUAUUGCUGCGAGAUGUAGGAAUUAUGAAUGACAAUUAUAUAAUACAAAUAAUCGCUCUCUUAAUUUUUACGGCUAUACAUAGAAUCACCGCAUACUUUGCGUUACGAUACCGCCUUACUUCAGAGUUUACAAGCAAGUUCAUGACAUACAUCAGCAAAUUUUUGAAACACAGAUAGGUCAUAAAUUGAUUAAGUACUCUUUAUCAACCAUAGACGUUUUUGUCUAUUCAUAGAAGCAUAAAAUAUUGUAUAGUAUGGUAGCUCUCACUGCGUACAAUAGGCACUGGUUUACUAUUAUCACUGCUCAUUAUCGCCUAGUUUCUGAAAUGCUCACCAAGGUAAAAAUUUACUAAGCUAUAAAAUAUGUUCAAAUCUCCAGUUAUAGUUUGUAAAUGGUCCCAAUUUGUACAUUUACAUACAUUACAUAAUUUUUUUUUGAUUCAUUAUAUAAGUUCGACGAUAUACGACGUUCGAUAAUAACGAUAUUCAAAUGAUUGUCACGGUAUUGAAACCUGAAAACAACUUGACUCGUUUCAAUCUCAUUAACGUUUCAGCUCUACUCGAAUUGAUUUAACCAUUAUCAGUUAUACCAAUUAAGCACAGCAAACAUUGCCAAUUUUGUGCUUCUUUCAGAAACUGGGCGUAAUUUUUAACUUAUUAGUACCUAAGGUUCCUUUUAAGAAGUAUGUGUAUUAAGCAAAAAUAUAAUGCGAUCAAACUUUACUAAAAACUUUGGAACGUAUAAUAAAAAACAUUUAAGUUUUUAUUUUUUUUGAUUACGUAAGUACAAAGUAUGUUUGCGAAAGUGUGAUUUUAAUCUGUGAUUGUGAUUUUGAUAUAGGCUACACAAGGGUGUGGUAGUACCCAUAUAGUUGAAAUAUUAUAGUUAUAAGAAACACCAAAUAAAAAUUAUUAAAUUUAGAAUUAUUUAUACUAGUUAAGUUAUUCUCUUGUCCCAAUUAAAGUUAUUAAAGGUAAAACAAAUUUAAACCAAGUUCCAAUAUCAGGCACAUCUUAUGAUGUGUAUAUCUACAAUGGUUAUUUUUAUGAUGUUACCAGUAGCCUGUUUUCAUGAUGUUUAUUAUUUAUAUCUGCUUUUCAGUUUCUCCUGUGAUAAAAAUUCUUAGGUGUAUAUGAUGUCACUAUAAAAUUGUAAAUCUAUAUUGGAAAAUAGGCUUAUAUUAUCAAUUAAUUCCUAGAUUAUCUAGAUAAUGAUUUGAAGUAUGUACAAUAAGUUUAUCCAUAGAUAACCUU